AUGCAGUUUCAUGGUCUAUCAGUGAUUGAGUUUCUCUAUGAUGAUGUGUUGGUAAUCAAGCUAUCCUUCUGCUCCAAGAAAAUCUCCACUCAAAUUAAUAUUGCUCGUUUGUAUUCUCAAAAAGUUAUAGUCAGUCUGGACAUGUUAUACCUAGGAAUUAGAGUUCACUCUGAAAAUAACAAAGAUACAUUUGGAAUUCUCAUUCGUUUUAACAACGGAACAAUUAACAAUCUUAAUAUCCAACAGUAUCGAAUUGAAGGGUAUACUGUACCUGUGAUCUUUUGCACCAAAGGUAUCAAUUUAUUCUGGGAAAACCAUCGAGAAGGAUUUCUAUCUGUUAUUCGUUGUCUUUUGAAGAUAUUUCGAUGCAAGUUUUCAAUCAAUAAUGAUUAUAAUGGUGAUUCAUAUCAACCGAUAAUUUCUAAGUUAUUUGAUCUACAACUGGAAUUCAAAAUGUUCACUAUUCGUCCUAAUGGAUCAACGGAUCAAAACUCAUCUUGGAACCAGAUUUCCAGUAAUUUUGGACUGGUUGAGGAUCUUAGAAUCUCAUCUAGUUUUAAGCCCAGUUUUAGACCAGUUUUCACUUCAUGGCCACAGAAGAUUACUAUCAUGAAUUCGUAUUGGUUCACUGUUGAAUAUCUUUUGACGUGCAAUUGCACUACAAUUACACUCGGAGGUUCUCAUUUAGAAAACAAGAAUUUAGAUGUGAUUUUUCUGAAGUGGAAGGCUGGAGGAUUUCCUAAUCUAGAAUAUCUGUACGUCGAGAGUCAAAGUAUUAAAAACAAUGGAACGACGGUUUUGGGAAUGAAUUUGCCGGAGUUAGAUGGGAAGGUAAUUCAAACUGAUGAUGGAUCAAAGAAGGCAACUAUCCACACUGAUUACGGUAGAUACGGUAGAAUUGAAUUGUCUGUAACUCCAUUUUAA